CUCCUCUCUUUACCGUUGCUCCCCCGUCCAGCUGCAUCCCGCCUCCCUCUCCAGCUCCCCCGUCGACGCCACCGCCUUCUCCCUCCCUCCCUCGUCGCCGCCGCCUGGGGAUCCCGUCGUCGCCGCAAAGCUCCCCGUCAAGCCUUCCCCUCUUCUUCCUCCAGCGGCCGGCCGGGAAAUAAAGCUCCCGUCUUCUCCACCAGAUCGGAUCGCCAUGGCGACGCUGUCGGCGGGGGUGCUCCUGAAGCUCCUCGACGGGAUGAAGACGGGGGCCGCCAAGCCCGUCGGCGAGCACCGGACGGCGGUGCUGCAGGUGACGGACAUCGUGCCGGCGGAGAUGGACGAGGUGGACCUGUUCCCCAAGCACGGCCGCUUCUACGUCAAGGUCUCCGACUCCUCCCACUCCAUCUACGCCACGCUACCGCCGGCGCAGGCCGACCUCGUCCUCGCCAACAAGCUCAGCCUCGGCCAGUUCGUCCACGUCGACCGCCUCGACCCCGGAUCCCCCGUCCCCGUCGUCGUCGGCGCCAGGCCCAUCCCGGGGCGCCACCCGCUCGUUGUCGGCACCCCCGAGCCCGCCAGGAAGCCCGCCGCGCCGCGGAGGGGCUCCUGGGGCCCCGAGAAUCAUGGCGGCGCUGGGGUGCUCGCGGCGUCGCCCAAGGUCGUCAGGCCCAUCGCGCUCAGCUUCGAGGACCGGACGCCCGUCAAGGAGCGGCCCUCGCCGGCCCGCAGCUCCGCGUCCGUCAGGAAGAGCACCAGCGUCAUGCCGAGGCUGGUGACCCGCAGCCGGAGCUUCGUCGCCGACCGUGGCGACCCUCCUCCGCCGCCCAACAAGAUCCCCAAGAGCCCAUUCCCACCGGAGAAGAGCUCGAUGAGCUGCACGGCCGUGCGGACGAUGAGCAGGAGGGCCAGGGAUGAGGAGCCCUCCUCGCCGGUCUCCGACGACGACGCCGGCAGCACCGCCACCUCCUCCAAGCGGCGGCCCUCCUCGUCGGCCGCCCGCGUGCCGGUACCAGGGAAGCUCAGCUCCCUCGGCAAGGAGGCCAUGGAGCAGAGGGAGCAGGCGCAGAAGGUGGCGCUGGAGGCGCUGCGCAACGCCUCGGCGACGGAGAACGUCGUCAGAAUCUACAAGAUGUUCGCCGAGGUGAGCAAGGCGGCGAGGCCGGACGCGCCCGCGGCAUGCUUCGACGGCUUCCUGAGCUUCCACCAGGAGGCGGCGCAGGCCGUGGCCGACAUCGAGUCGAUCCAGGCGGCAACCUCGAUGGCCGCCGCGGCCGCCACGAACGACGUGCUCGUCGAGGCGACGCCCGCGCCGAACGUGCUGCAGGAGAUCGCGCAGAACAGGGCCGCCACGCCGGCAAGGCGGCGGGGCCUGCUCGGGUUCGGGGGCAUGUCCAAGUCGGUGUCCUUCGCGCCGGGCACGCUCCAGGACCCUUCGUCGCGGCCCGACGGCGGUGGGGCCCGGAGCUCGAGCGCCAGCAGGAAGUGCCUCGGCGGCAUGCCGGACAAGGCGCCCGUGGACGGCGACGACAAGAACAAGAGGUCGUCGGCUCCUGCAGCGGUGGCGGUGGGCAACUCGCCUCUUGGGUCGUCGCUGAGGAUGGCGAGGCAGAUGCAGGCGGAGGCCGGGGGCUGGUUCAUGGAGUUCCUGGAGGCCGCGCUGGAGGCCGGGCUGAAGAAGAAGCGGAGCAGCACUGGCACUGGCAAGCCGUCGGCGGCGCAGAACUGCCCGCAGUCGCUGGUGCUGAGGGUGAUCAACUGGGUGGAGAUGGAGCAGAGCGGCGGCGAAAGCCGGAAGUCGGCCGGGCACCCGAGGGCGGCGGCCAUCGCGAGGAAGCUCAGAAUCAAGGCCAAGAACCCCUGAUCAAUUGAGGAAGCUCAGGAUCAAGGCCAAGAACCCCUGAUCAAAUUGCUCCAUCGGUGCUUUGUGAAUUGUGAAUUGUUAGACGAUGAGGAUUACUGCUCUGCUCGUGUGCACUGAAGAACACUGAAGCUCUUCUUCGGUUCAAAUUAAAAUUCGUUAUUCUUUCCA